AUAACCUCUUAUUACCUGCUGCUAGUAUUUUGGCAACAGUAGCAGACUCAAGCAGUCAUUCCCUUGUGAAGAUUUAAAUUUAAAUAUGAGCUCAUUUCUGAGGCACAGCAGCGAUCUCAUGGAGGAGCUGAUUAGCAGCGAAAGAGAUUAUCAGUUCGUGGAGAACCACAUGAGGGAGAUGAUGAACACGAAUCCUUGGAAUCCCGAGUUGACUGGCUUCAAAAUCGGAAAGAUUUACCGCAUUAACCACCCAGAAAAUUGGAAAAAAUACGUCGAGCGGAAAAAGGAGAUCGCCGCCGAAGUCGUAGACGAGAAUGAGACUUUCGUGAAGGAACUUAGACUUUACCACGGCUCGCCUUACGUGGAAAAAAUCGUCGCGGAAGGCUUUCGUAUUGAUGAAUCGAAAAAUGGACACUUUGGGAAAGGAAUUUACUUUGCCGAAGACUCGUCCAAGAGUAACUAUUACACCCUUGGUGGCAGCGGCCACCCGUGUCCUGUCCACAAAACGCACACAUGCGGCGAGUGCGAGCGCAAAAUGCUGCUUUGCAUUGUGGCUCUAGGCAAGCAGUAUGUGGUGGACAAAUUUGGCUCAAAACAGGCAGAUUGUGUCACCAAGAGAAACUCAGGAUACCACACGCUCAGAGGGGCCAAAGGCCAAUCCAUUGACAACACUGAACACAUCAUCUAUGACCAAAGACAGGCCUAUCCGCAAUUCCUCAUUGUGUACAAAGCAACCUACUCUUCGUGAGUAUAUUCAAAACAGUUUCAAAGUCUACACCAAAUAUGUAAA